AGAAUGCUGCCAAGGUUGUUCGUUCCCAGUGUGAAGCUAGUUGGGUUGGUGGUGACACCGCACGGUGGAGCACCAGUAAGAAUGAUGUCUUCGGCACUGGAAAAGAGUUCAAAUUUCUUUUUUAGGCAGCUAUUCGACACCGUCAGCAGCACAUACACUUAUCUCCUGGCUGACAACAGAACCCGAGAGGCGGUCCUUAUAGAUCCGGUGAUCGAGCAUGCAGAGCGUGACGCAAAGCUUAUUAAUGAGCUCGGAUUCGUAUUACUGUUUGCAAUGAACACCCACAUGCAUGCGGACCACGUGACUGGUACUGGCAAACUAAAGUCCUUAUUGCCGGGCACUAAGAGCGUUAUCGGCAAAGCGUCCGGCGCCCAGGCCGACCUCCAUUUGGUGGAAGGAGACCUGGUCAAGUUUGGCGAUUACCAGCUAUUGGCAACAGCCACCCCGGGACAUACGAAUGGAUGCUUUACAUACAUAUGUCAUGAACAGGGCAUAGCGUUUACAGGCGACACCCUUUUAAUAAGAGGCUGUGGUCGCACAGACUUCCAGGAGGGAUCGUCAGAGACCCUCUACCAAUCAGUGCAUAAGAAAAUCUUUACACUACCAGACAACUAUACUUUAUAUCCUGCGCACGAUUACAAGGGACAAACGGCGACUACGGUGGGGGAGGAAAAGAGAUAUAACCCACGGCUGACGAAAACGCUAGAAGAAUUCAUACAUAUUAUGGACACAUUGAAUUUGCCAUACCCGAAGAUGAUUGACAAAGCGAUUCCUGCUAACAAAGUUUGCGGGAUCUACUGAGACGAGACACUUCGUUAAAUAACCAAUCAAGUAACCUUUUAAAUAUUAAGUAUAACUGAUUUUUAAACUUUGCACAAAUUAUUAUUUUAAUGAAAUGUCACUAAAAAGUCCUGAAGCUCAUACAAGACAUUAGAUUGAAACUUUAAGCUUCAUUAUUAGUUUAAGUAGUUUUAUAGUAUAUUGCCAC